AUGCGGUCUCUACCCGCAAUAGUGGGCUUGCUGCCUCUGCAUGUCGCCCUGCUCCAGCCGUUCCUGCAUGUCGUCACCGCAUCACCUGUUGCCAGCGGGCAGCAAAAAGUUAUUGGCCCCAGUUCUGUGCUCGCAGAUGUUUCUGAACAGCCUCGACGCUUGAACGGGAAAUUUUUGCAUAUUACAGAUUUUCACCCAGAUCAAUUUUACAAAGCGCAUACAUCCACACAAGAAGACAUAGCAUGCCACCGAGGCAAGGGAGCUGCAGGCUAUUAUGGUGCAGAAACGUCUGAUUGCGAUUCUCCCAUCUCACUCGUCAAUGCAACUUUUGAUUGGAUAGCCGCGAAUAUUGCCGAUGACAUUGAUUUCGUCAUUUGGACCGGCGACUCGGCUCGUCACGACAGCGACGAGGACAUCCCCCGUAAUGCGAGCCAGGUGCUGGGCACAAAUCGACUGAUUGCAGACAAGUUCGCCGAGACAUUUGCUCACCCAAACGAUCCCACACGCAUGUCAGUUCCUGUCAUUCCCACUUUUGGAAACAACGACAUCCUGCCGCACAACAUCCUCCUACCGGGCCCUAAUAAAUGGCUGGGUUACUAUGCCGAUAUCUGGAGGCACUUCAUCCCAGAGGAGCAGCGUCAUUCUUUCGGAUUCGGCGGCUGGUUCUACGUCGAGGUCAUCCCCAAUAAGCUUGCUGUCUUCAGCCUGAACACCCUCUACUUCUUCGACCGAAAUGCCGGUAUCGACGACUGUCAGCAGCCAUCAGAGCCAGGUUUUAAGCAGAUGGAGUGGCUCCGCGUGCAGCUACAGUUCCUCCGCGAUCGUGGCAUGAAGGCUAUUCUCAUGGGCCAUGUGCCUCCCGCCCGAACUGACAGCAAGAAGAAUUGGGACGAGACAUGCUGGCAAAAGUACAAUCUCUGGAUGCGGCAGUACCGCGACGUUGUCGUGGGGUCUCUGUAUGGCCACAUGAACAUCGACCAUUUCAUCGUGCACGAUACUAGGGAGACAGACAUCAACAUCCUCAGUGGGUUUGCCGUCGAUGACGAAGUCGGUCGCGAGGCUUUUGAGGACGAACUCAACAUCCAGUCUGCAGCAGACUACCUCCAUGAGUUGCGAGAGGGCUGGUCCAAGCUUCCAAACGUCUCCAAGGUUCUUGACGAGGACAAUUCUGUCGGGCCGGAGAAGAAGGGCAAGAAGCAUAAGAAGAAGAAGCCCAGCAAGGACUUGGGUGGCAAGUAUGCGGAGAGAUAUCACCUGUCUCUGAUCGGUCCCAGCAUCGUGCCCAAUUACUUCCCCACCAUUCGAGUUUUGGAGUAUAACAUAUCUGGUCUGGAGAAUGCGGCGGUCUGGACAGACUCUUUUACCAAUGAGAUACAACUCGCCCAGCUUCCAGCCGAUGACGACGCCAUCCACGAGGAGCUUAAACGCGAUAUUGAAGCUGCCAAGAAAAAGAAGAAGGGCAAAAAGGGAAAGAAGGGCAAGGGCAAGAAACCAGGACUUGGCCAGGACCCUAACUUGGUCGUUCCCCAACCACCACCAGCUGGUUCUGGUCCCGGCCCGGCUUACGCUCCUCAGCCCCUGACCUUCCUCGGAUAUACCCAGUAUUUUGCAAACCUUACAUACAUUAACAACGACAUGACGCAAGAAGAAGACGUAUCCGGCAACAAGUGGCGCGACGGUAUUCACAAAGACAAGGAUCCCAAGACUAAGAAACCCAAGCCGAAUCCCUUCGAGUUUGAGGUUGAGUACAGCACAUUUACCGACCAGAUCUACCGUCUGUCUGAUUUAACUGUACGAAGCUACGUCAAGCUAGCCCACCGCAUUGGUCAAGAAACCGCCAAAGGCAAGGCCCUUUCAGAAGACUUUGAAGAGGAUAAAGGAGAAGAAGAAGACUUGGAGGAAGAUUCGGACGAUGAAGACUUAGAAGCAGAAAAGAAGGGCAAGAAAGGCAAGAAGGGCGGUAAGAAAAAGAAGAAGCAUAACAACAAGGUGUGGUUGCAUUUCCUCAAGCACGCUUUUGUAAGGACAGUGCCGGAAAAGCAGUUAAAGAAAUUCGAGGUUUAG